AUGCUAUUUCUAUCUAUCUAUCUAUCUAUCUAUCUAUCUAUCUAUCUAUCUAUCUAUCAGAGUCUCUCUUUCGUUGUUUCUUUCUUUCUUUCUUUCUUUCUUUCUUUCUUUCUUUCUUUCGUUCUUUCUUUCUUUUUCAUUCUUUCUUUUUCUUUCUUUUUUCUUUCUUUCUUUCUUUAUUCAUUUUUCUUUCUUUCUUUCUUUUUUCAUUCUUUCUUUCUUCCUUUAUUUAUUUAUUUUCUUUCUUUCUUGCUUUUUCUUUUUUCAUUCUUUCUUUUCUUCCUUUUUAUUUUAUUUAUUUUUUUUCUUUCUUUCUUUUUUUUUUCAUUCUUUUCUUUUCUUUCUUUCUUUUCCUUUUUUUCAUUUUUCUUUUUUCUUUCUUUCUUUUUCUUUUUUCUUUUCUUUUUACUUUUCUUUUUUAUUUUUUCUUUUCUUUUCUUCCUUUCUUUUUUUCCUUUUUACAUUCUUUACAAAUUUGCGUUAUCGUCGAUAAUUUCCUCGAUUUGUUCGACAGACCAGAUAUUCGUGACAAUAGCUGACCAUCGAGACCAUGUUUUGUUUCUUUCUUUUGGUCACGUGACACAUUCGUUUUAG